AGGAAUGAUGUGCCCCCGCCAGGGGCUGCCGCCAGGGGCUGCCAUGGUGCAGGACCGCCCCUCCCACCAGCGAGCCGCCUUGCCGAGCGGGCAGCCUGUUACGGUGCGCGGUGCGGGCCAGGCCGGCCCGGGAGCCUGGGUGAUCCCUUCCUGUAAAACAGAAACUGCAUCGCAUGGUUGACUCACAGCGGCGAGGCCUCUCCCGCGCCCCGCACACCGAGCCGUGAGCCCGGCAUCCGUGUGCCACCGCGGGCAGAGCCACGGCCACCGCGCCCGCUGCCCGAGUGAAGCGCUAAGCCGCGGUCGAGCCACGCCGGAUGGAGCGGCGGCUUCCGCGGGCCACGCAGCCGCGGCCGGGGCGAUGCGGGAGCCGCGGGGCGCGGCGGUGAGGGCGGCGGCCCUGCUGCUCGGGGCCGGGGCCUGCUACUGCCUGUGGCGGCUGGCGGCGGGCGGGCGGCGGGGACAGCGCGCAGGGGCCGCUCAGGGCCCGCCGGCAGACAGCAGUCCUCCUGUGUCAACCCAUACCAUGGAUGUGGAUGCUCUACAGAAACUUAUUCAUUUGCUCCAGGCCACAGAUGAUCCAUUAAUUCAAGAGCAAGCUUUAAUCACUCUCAGCAACAGUGCUGCCUUCUCUGUAAAUCAAGAUAUAAUCCGAAAUUUGGAUGGUCUUUCUGUUAUUGGAAGGAUGCUCUCCAAUUGCAUUCCCAAAGUUCAAGAAAAAGCACUAAAUGCACUUAAUAAUUUGAGUAUGAAUGUUAAAAAUCAGGAAGAGAUACAGGUAUACAUUACACAAGUCUGUAGGACUGUUGAGUCAGCUCCCCUGAACUCUGAUGUGCAGCUGGCUGGACUCAGGCUGUUGACAAAUAUGUCUGUUACCAGUGACUACCACCAAAAGAUGAUAAACUCAAUUCCCUGCUUUCUUCAUUUGCUUUCAGAAGGAACUGAAAGGACACAGAUUCAAGUCUUGAAAGUGCUUGUGAACUUAUCUGCAAACCCCUCCAUGACAAUACAUCUUCUCAGAGCUCAAGUGCCAUCAUUGGUGUUACUUUUUGACAGCUGUAUAAACAGAGAUAUUCUGGUUCGAGCCCUGGCAUUUGCAGCAAACUUGAAAAAGAACAUGAACAAUGAAGAAGGCACCGUAAGUGAGGAGCAGUACAGUGAAGACUCAAUUUUCUUUAUACUCUGCAGGGAUUCUGCCCCAUUUGCUCAGAGACUGGCAUCUUUGCUGCAUCACCCUGAUACAGAAGUGAAAGAACAAGUUGUAAGAAUACUAACACAAUAGUGUUGUUUUCUUAAAACUGACCUGAUGGAAAUACCUAAUCUUGGCAAUGCUAUGCUAAAAAAGCYUGCAACAAGCAAACAAUACAACAAUG